UAUUUUUUUUUUUUUUUCUUUUAAUAUUUUUUUUUUCUUGUAAAGAGGAAGGAACAAAAGGAAUUUUAACAAAGAUUAUAAACAUCAUUCUAUUAAUCUAUCAUCUUUAAUACCAUCAUUACGUUCAACUAAUCCCUUUUUUUUCAAUGUCCAUAAAUAACUCGACAUCCAACACAAUUAAUUUAACAGAUGAACAUAACACAAGAAAAGUCUCUGACACUGGUCAACAUGGAGAAGUAAGAAUCAAAUCAGAGCUAUCUUGGUCACAACUUGUAAACGCAGAGAUUACUGCUGUUACUAGCGCUAUGCGUAAAAAUGCCCGUUGGUCUGGUAUGGGUGUAAGUGGACUUAGAAUGGGUGGUUUAGGUAAUAGUAUGGGCCUGCGAAGUGCACAAUCAAAUAUAAAGGACGCAAAUACUAGACAGGAGAAUCCUUUAAUGCAAGAAUUUACUAAUUUAAGAACAUAUAUGGAUACUAUAACGGAUGUUAGUGAAGUGGAUGCUGUCAAUAUAUUAAAUCCUUUUCUUGAAGUGAUUCGUUCUGGAAAUACAACAGGCCCUAUUGCAGGUACUGCAUUAGGAAGUGUUGAGAAGCUUUUAAACUAUGGAAUUAUUAAUAUACACAACUCAAGGAUUGCCACAGCUAUGAAUGCCUUAACUUCAGCUGCAACACAUUGUAAAUUUGAAGCUUCUGAUGCUGCUUCUGAUGAACUUGUAUUAUUACGUAUGUUACAAGUACUACAAAUGGCUAUUACAAGUGAAUGUGGACAAGUUUUGAGUGACGAAGCUGUAUGUGAAAUGAUGGAAACAGGCCUCAGCAUGUGCUGUCAGAUGAGAUUAAGUGAAAUGUUAAGACGAUCAGCUGAACAUGUUAUGAUAAAUAUGGUGAUCGCUAUAUUUGAGAGACUAAAAAACUUAGAUGAUGAAUGGCAGUUGAUUGAGUCUUCAAACGAGGCUAUAGAAGAGCCUACUGAUCCUCAUAUGAGUACCUCAAAUUUUUCUUCAUCACCUACACCAACACAGCCCACAAAUACUGUUACUGAAGUUAAAAAUGAAGAAGAAAAUAUAUCAGAUACAUUAAAAGAUUCCAAUAAUAUACCAGAGCAAAAGACAGAAGAUACAGAAGUAGAAACAUCAACAUCUGAAGAGCCAUUAAUGACCGAUUCACCUGAAGCAAUUGCUGCAGUUGAGCCUUCUAGUUUAAAACCAUACGGUUUACCAGCUAUACGUGAAUUGCUUCGAGUUUUGAUCUCUCUUUUAAAUCCUCAUGAACAUAAACACACCGAUUCAAUGCGUUUAAUGGCUCUUAGUAUUCUUAAUGUUGCAUUUGAAGUAGCAGGCAGAAGCAUCGGACGUUUUGAGAAUUUACGUUCUUUAGUUACUGACGAAUUUUGUAAAUACGCUUUUCAGUUGGCUAAAUCAGAUUCUCUACCAUUAUUAUCGUUAUCUCUCCGAGUUAUUUCAACUGUCUUUGAGACGCUCCAACCUUAUUUGAAAUUACAGCAAGAGCUUUUUAUUUUCUUUUUAAUUGAACGAUUAUCUCCAGCAUCCAAUGCAAGCAAUCGCAAUAUGUCAGUUGAUAUAGAUGAUGAAGGAAACAUUAGUUUUAUAUCAUUAAAAAGUGACUUGGAACAGAAUAACACAGCAGAUGUUAGAAGUUCAUCUCCAAAUAUGUUUUUAACCAAGUCAACUGAUUAUCCUCGAACAAAUAAGGGCUAUUCUUCUUCUGAGCAAAUGGUAAUUUCAAGUGAAGUGCAUGAAUUAUUAUUAGAAAGUCUAGUACAAUUUGCUCGUAAGCCCACUUUUAUGAUUGAUCUAUGGUAUAACUAUGAUUGUGAUUUAGCUUGUGGUGAUUUAUUUGAAGAAUUAAUUCAAUUCUUAAGCAAGAAUUCUUUCCCCAAUCAUCAAAGUUAUUCUUUUAUGAAUUCUCAUGCUCUUUGCUUGGAUACACUUUUGAUGUUUGUUACACAAAUUGUAGAACGAAUUAACAAUCAGGAGAAUCAAGAUGGUUAUGUUGAAAUCACAUCUAUACAAGAAUUGGCAGAAAGAAAAGAAAGGAAAAGAUUAAUUUUAAAAGGAUCCAGAUUGUUUAAUGAAUCUCCCAAGAAAGGUAUCCAGUUCUUAGUUGAAAAUAACAUAAUUACAGCAGAUGAAAAAGGAGAUAUCAAUACUAGUCUUUCACAUUUCUUAAGAUCAACACAACAAUUGGAUAAAAAAGUAUUAGGUGAAUAUUUAGGAAGACCUGAGAAUUUUGAUACCUUAAAAGCCUAUAUGCAACAAUUUGAUUUUAGAGGGAAACGUAUGGACGAAGCGUUACGAAUGGUUCUUGAAACAUUCCGAUUACCAGGAGAAUCACAGCAAAUUAUGCGUGUUACAGAAUCAUUUGCAGCCACUUAUUUUGAAACAGGACCUAAGGAGAUUGCUAGUGUAGAAGCUGCAGAAGUGUUGGCGUAUUCUGUUAUUAUGCUAAAUACAGAUCAACAUAGUCCCCAAAUCAGGCGUCAAUCUCGUAUGUCUUUAGAGCAAUACAUUCGUAAUGUUAGCGGCGUUAACAAUAAAAAGGAUUUUCCUAAGGAAUAUCUUUGUGCUAUCUAUGAAGCUAUUCAGCAAAAUGAAAUUUUAAUGCCAGAAGAGCAUGAAGGAUUAUUAGGCUUUAAUUAUGCCUGGAAGCAACUUCAACACAAAUCACUUGUUAGUGGUAAAUUUGUUCAAUGUAUGACUUCUACUUUUGACAAGACUAUCUUUGAAUUAUCAUGGAAACCUAUUGUAGCUGCUAUUUCUUAUAUUUUUAGUACAGCUCAGGAUGAUGAUAUAUUACAAAAGGCGAUCGCAGGUUUUCGCCAUUGUGCAAGCUUAGCUGCUCAUUUUGAGCUUUAUAACAUCUUUGAUAGUAUUGUCAUCAAUUUAGCUACUAUGACUGGUUUAUUAGAGAAUACAAACGGAAACACUUCAGUUCCUGAUCCAAUUGUAGAUGUUGCAGGACAAAAGUAUGUAGUUAGUAAAUUAGCUACUCGUUUUGGUCGUAACUAUAAGGGUCAAUUAGCUGCUGUUGUCAUGUUUACUAUCGUAACUCGACAUGGAGACUCACUUCAUAGAGGCUGGAUUAAAGUUCUACAAAUCAUUCGAAAUCUUUUCUUAAAUUCACUUUUACCUAAUUCUAUGCUUCAAGUAGAAGAUUUCUUAUCGGGAACAACAAGUAUACCAUUAAAACCAAAAAGUCCUAAACCAGUUAAGCAAACAAAUCGUCGUGAUGGAUCUCUCUUGUCAACUCUUUCUUCGUACUUACUUUCGCCUUAUUCAAGUGAUGAAACUUACUGCCGUGAUCCCACUGAGGAAGAAGUAGAACAAACAUUAUGUGCGGUAGACUGUGUAGCAGUCUGCAAAUUAGAAGAAUUAUUCUCAAAUAUUCAUAUCCUUCGAACUGAUACAUUAAUAUGUUUAUUAAAGGCAAUCCAAGCCGUUGGUUAUGAUACCGAAGUUAUGAAAAAAGCUACUGUCACUAUCCCUUAUGAUCCAGCUACAGUAUUAUUUUUAGAAUUCAUGAUCACUAUCACAGUACGAAAUGCAGAACGAAUUGAAGAGUUAUGGCCCUAUGCUACAGAAUAUAUAUUUGGUAUUCUAGAAUUUGCUGAUAAGCAAAGUGUGUUGGUUGUUGAACGCACAGUAGUUGGACUAUUACGACUUUGUAUUUGUAGCGCUUCUAGAAAUGUCAUGCUGGAUGAAAUACUAAAAUGUUUACGUCUUUUACGUGAUUUCCCUCCUAAUGUAACACAAGCUGUAGCAGAACAAAUGAUGGCUGGUAUUUUCAAUUUAUCAUCAGCAAAUUCUGAAAAUAGAAAUGAUACUGAAUUUUUGAAUACAAUUUUAGAAAUCAAACAGAAAGUUGCAAACUCUUUAUAAUAAGAUGAAUAUUACCGUACAUUCAUUUAAAAAGAACUACAUAAUAAACAUGAAAUGGCAUUAUUGCUCACUA